AUGGCUGCUGACCUUAGCCUUCUCUCACUGACGCAAAACGUAGCUCAGUCUCAACAAAACCACAACCACCACCAAAACCUAAUGGCAGCUGCUGGCUCCUGGGUGUGGAACCAUAACCCCCAACCCCAUGAAUCCGACGACGAUUCAUGGGAGGUUAAGGCCUUUGCCGAGGACCGAGGUCAUGCCAUGGGCACAACUUGGCCCCCUAGGUCUUACACUUGCACUUUCUGCCGAAGGGAGUUCCGGUCGGCUCAAGCCCUCGGCGGCCACAUGAAUGUGCACCGCCGCGACAGGGCUCGUCUUCACCAGUCACAUCCUCCUCCUGCUGCUGCUGCCACUACCACUGUUCCAUUAAUCAAUCAAACCUCAUCAGCGUUUCCCGCUCAAGAAUUCCCCACAAAUGGCGGCCUUUGCUUUCUCUACCAAUUACCUACACCUAAUGGGGUUUUCACUUCUCCGCUUAUCAACGCAUGUUCUAUGACAUUGCCACCGUAUCCUUUUAACAACUCCAUGGCACCACCGGGGUCGUACAAUUCUUCUUCUUCUCUCCGUUACUCGACGAUAACCGGAGCCGAACCGCCGGCGGAUAAUAACAAUCUCAACGAAGAGGUUGAUCUGGAGCUUCGACUAGGGCAUAGACCAACACCAUAUUGA